GAGUGACAGAGAGAAGGGUAGAGAAGCAACGAAAGAGAGACGCCGAAAUCAAGCGAGUUGCCCCUCAGUUGCCACGGCGGGAGCCCAGACCAUACUCUCAGUCCCGCUGUGAGCGUAGAAAGGAACGCUACGGACACACUUUACCUUGUCCGUUCGUUCGCGGUAUAUUUCCUUGCUUUCAUUUCGUACAUCAGAAUCGAAUGUGUUCCUACGCGUCGUUCACAUCGGAUAUUUUUCUUGCAUCGACGAGCACAUCAACGAAUGAUAGUGGACUCCAGUGAGAACCAACACGGCCGGUACGUGUAUAACUUCAUAAAUUUGUGCUUGUGAGAAAAUAGAAGAAGAAGAAAAAAGAAGGAGACGAAGACAAAUAAGAAGAGGAAAGAGAUACAAGAAUUAGCUCGACGGACAAAUAUAUCCGUAGUGUGUAAAGUGAAUAUUUGGGAGGACGGAUCUCCCUAAAGGGGGAAAAAAAGAAACAUAUAUCAUGGCAGACGUAAUUUGUAAAAAGAUCCAAGCGUACGGAAAGAAAAUCAUUCCAUAAGAGUGCUUCAAUUUUAUAGGUUUCUCUUGAUAUCUAACAAACCGACGUUUGAUAAAGAGACGCGUAUACGCAUAGAAGCGCGCGCGCGCGCGCGCGCACGUAUAACACACACACACGCGCGCAUACGAAUACGCAGCAUAAACACAUACACACACGCGCGCACGCACACACACACACACACACAUACACAUACACAUACACAUAGACAUUUAUUUUCUAAUAAUAGAUCGUACCGUUAGAAAUUUCAAGUAAAUCGAAUAAAUAAAAGAACAAACUCCAUUAGGAAACAUAAUCGGACAUGAUAAGCCGGCGGAUCGAACGAUAGUCUACAUACAUAUACAUAUAUAUAUAUACGUAUAUAUAUAUAUAUAUAUAUAUAUAUAUAUCGGAUAGCGAAAGUUCUCCGUUUAAGCAUCACGAUGAUGAACGCCUUUCUCGAUGGCGUCUCCUCGCAUCCGCAUCACCUGGCGAACCUGGGGAUAAAGUUGUCACCGAGCGGAGGCGGUGGUAGCGGCGGUGGUGCCGGUUCGACGGCGGACGGCGGUCCCGGUGGUGUCCAACCGACGGCCGGUGAAGCACCGUCUCAACAACACCAUCAUUUCCAUCCCCAGGGUUAUCCACCGCAUCAUCCUCAUCCUGCUCCCCACAUGGCGCCUCAUAUGGGCCAUCACAUGAGCCAUCAUCCGGGUUACGCGGCUCGUGACUUUUUAUUACGUCGGGAACACGAGUUCAACGCAACCGCGAAUCCUACCACUCCGGAAAGUGGCUUGGGCCUGUUCACGCCUCUUCAUCACGAUGGAACUGCGGCAGCAACGAUGCAACAAUUUCCUCAUCACCCGGCGCAACAUCCGCUGGCGGCCAGUCAUUAUCCUGGACAUUAUCCUCAAGAUUCUAGGCUACCACCUCAUCAUCAAUAUCUAAGUGCGCCACAUUUGACGCCGGCGUCAAUACACCAUCAACAACAUCCAGGAGUUAGUCAUCCUAGUCACCAUCCUCAUGGUGCAUUCUUAAGGUACAUGAGGAGCAACGGUACAGGUGCUGGUAGUGGUCCCAAUACAGGGGUCGUACAAAACGGUGGACAGAGACAAGAAAUGUCUUGCAUGUGGGUCGAUCAGGAUGCACCAGGACCGGGAAGGAAACUCUGCGGUAAACUAUUCAACUCCUUACACGACAUCGUAACGCAUCUUACCGUCGAACACGUAGGCGGACCCGAGUGUACCACUCACGCCUGCUUCUGGCAAGGCUGUUCACGAAACGGCAGGGCAUUUAAGGCAAAGUACAAGCUUGUCAAUCACAUAAGGGUACACACUGGUGAAAAACCGUUUCCUUGCCCUUUCCCUGGUUGCGGAAAGGUAUUUGCCAGAUCGGAGAAUCUCAAGAUACACAAGAGAACCCAUACAGGUGAGAAACCAUUUAAAUGCGAAUAUUCGGGAUGUGAAAGGCGGUUCGCAAAUAGCAGUGAUCGCAAGAAACACAGUCAUGUUCACACCUCGGAUAAACCGUACAAUUGUCGAGUGUCAGGAUGCGACAAGUCUUACACACAUCCAAGCUCGUUGCGCAAACAUAUGAAGGUGCACGGUAUGACAUUGGGCGAGGGUAAGAUAGGUGGAGGGUACGAAAGCGAGGGCGAAGAGAGCAGCAGCAGCGGGGGUAGCUUGUCGGUGACCGGUCACACGGAGUCACCCCAACCACCACCGGUUGUCCCGACAACGACGACGUCGAACCCGCCUUCGAGUCACCCUGCAACCCGUGGAACUGAGUUGACGGAGUGGUACGUUUGCCAGCCGCCGACCGUUGCUCCACAACAUAGCCCAUUGCCAGGUCCGCCGCCUCCUCAUCAUCUCGGCCCUCAUCACUUCAAUCCUCUGAUGCAUCAUCAAGCGACCGCCUACUAAAAACAACAACAGCAACAACUACUACAAACACAACUUACGGCACCGCAGAUACCACUACCAU